CUUUCACCAUUGAAGGAGUUCUUCUGAGAUUCGACUUUUUUAUUGGCUAAAAGUAUGGAAAAUUUCCAGUCAUGGAAUAAGAGGGGGGGGAAAUCAAGCUAGACACAGAAAGAGGAGAAGACCACCAUUGGUUCCCUUUAUUUAUUUACUUUGUUUCUAUUUUCUUAUCAGCAGAAAGACAUGAAUUAUUAACCAACUUUUAAAACGCCAAAGGUUGUGAAUAAUUAUUGCUUCUUCUCUGUUUCUUUGAAUCCAAGCCAUCGCCUCGGAUAAUCAGGCAUAUCGCUUUGUGGGACGCCAGAAAUCUAUAUUUUCCUGUUGCCACCUGAUUUCAAGAAUAUUUGGUGGGCAUUGGAUAUUGAUCGGAGAUUGGUGGGUUUGCUCCUGACUCUUGUAAUUCGUCUUAUACCUAUAGAAAGUGAAAAUUCAAAUUAAGAUGGGAGCUUGUUGUAGUAUGAAUAGGAAAUUUGAAGGAUACAUGGUGCAGCAGGAGGAGGAACACGACGAUGACGAGAAGGAGAAUGGUAGACGUGAAGGAGAUUUCGGGUCCCGUGUUAUGUUACGGGGGUCUUGCGAGUUUGCAUCCAUGUUCACACAAAAGGGAAGAAAAGGGAUUAACCAAGACGCCAUGACCAUUUGGGAGGACUUUGCCGGAGAGAAAGACCUAAUCUUCUGCGCUGUGUUUGACGGUCAUGGUCCCUAUGGUCACAAGGUUGCAGGCUGCGUACGAGAUGCUCUACCUUCAAAGCUUUCUUCCAGAUUGAAAUCAUGGAAACUGGGUGAAUAUGAUCAUAAAGAGGAUGGCAAUGACGCCUCUUCCGACGAUGUCGGCCAUUACAGUAACGAUGAGGCGAACAGCCAAGACAAGGAUGGUGGUGAAAGUGAUCAUAAUCGAUCCUUGUGUUCGUUGAAAACCUGUUUUGUCAAGGCAUUCGAGGACAUGGAUGAAGAACUGAGGCAAGACUCAACUAUCGAGUCCUAUUGCAGUGGUACAACAGCAGUAACCGUACUCAAAAAGGGGGAACACUUGAUAAUCGCUAAUUUGGGGGAUUCUCGUGCAGUGCUUUGCACCAUAGACAACAAAAAUCAGCUCGUUCCCAUCCAACUCACGGUCGAUUUAAAGCCAAAUAUUCCAAGUGAAGCUGAAAGGAUAAGGAGGUGUGGAGGGAGAGUUUUUGCCAUGGAGGAUGAGCGCGAUGUGUAUAGAGUUUGGGUGCCUGACGAAGAUUAUCCUGGUCUUGCCAUGGCGAGGGCUUUUGCUGAUUUCUGCUUGAAAGAUUUUGGCCUCAUUUCUACCCCACAGGUUUCUUAUAGAAAGAUUACUGACAAGGAUGAAUUCGUUGUCAUGGCGACUGAUGGGGUAUGGGAUGUAUUAUCAAAUGAGGAGGUGGUGGAGAUUGUUGCAUCGGCACAAAAGAGAUGCAUGGCAGCCAAGUUAUUAGUGAAUCAUGCUUGUCAAGCUUGGGAAAAUAAAUACCCAAAUUCAAAGGUUGACGAUUGUGCAGUUGUAUGCCUAUUCCUGAAGCAGCAGUCCUCAUUUACCAAAACCACGCCGGUUUUGAUGAACAAUGAGAGUCGUAACAGAAGAUUGGACAUUUCUCCAAGUGUUAAAAUAGUCGGUCUGGUUGAUGGAGCCCAUGAAACCUCGGAGGAUACAACCACUGCAACACCAAAGGAGGAGUGGACUGCUAUUAAAGGCUUUUCUAGAAAUAAUUCUAUAUUGAAGCUUCCUCGAGUGCUGGAUGAGAAAAUUUGAUUUCUUCUCUUGUUCAAAUCAUGUAGCAGAAGCUCAAUAUAUAAUACGCUUUCCACUCUCCUGCUGCUAAACAUGGUCUUCUUCAUAGAGACCUACCUCAAUGGAGUCAUACUCAAAAUAGAAAUUUGGAGAAAAUAUUUAUAUACAAUAGUGAAAUGAAUAAUGACACUUCACUUCA